CACUCCUGCGGGCCCUUGGGCAAAUCCCUGCCCUUUUGGGCCAGUGGAUGAUCAGGGGGCGGAGGGAGCUGGCUCAGGCCCAUGUCUCCCCGAGAGCCCGCCCUUCUUGGCAGGCCGGCCAGGGUGAGGUGGGGUGGGCACGCCCUGGGCCCCUCAGAAUUCCCGGUGUCAGGGCCUCCCUCCCUGCCGCCUCCUUGAGCCUCACUGUGGAGGGCCCGGCAGCUGGCUGGCCUGCAAGUAUCUCUUCCUCCUCCCACUGGUCUGCUUGCCCCUUGUCCCAGGGACCAGCAGACCCUUCCUGAGGGCCCCAGGCGGCUCCUGAGGCCGCCUCCUCCCCCUCCCCACUGGCUGGGUGGGGGUGGGAAGGGGGAGGGUGCAGCCAGCUGAGCCCCGAUGAUUUCCUGCCCUCACCCGGUGCUUACCACAGCUUCCUGCCGCAGGCAGGCAGGCGCUGAGGAGAGGCAGGCACAGAGCCCAGGGGCAGGUAGGGCUGGGGCACAGGGUUUGUGUAGGGGUGGCUGGCACCCCAGACUCCAGGCCAGGGCCUGGUGUUCAAGGGUCUUCCAGAGCCCGCGCUGACGCUCGCUGAGCCCACUGAGGGGAGGAGACCCAGGGAGCCCCCGAGGAGGGCGCGGCUGCCCCCCACGAGGCUCCCAGCCUGGUGCCCGCUUGGCUCCUCUACCCUUUCUGGCCUGGCCCUUGCCCUGCUGCUCCGUCCCUGAGGGGUGUGCGGCGAGCAGCUAGGCCCCGUCCAAGCUCUCCCCUGCAGAUGGAGGCAGUUAGCCUGGUCCUCUUGGUGCUGGGCCUCCUGCUGCUGCCUCUCUUGGCCGUGCUGCUGAUGGCAUUGUGUGUGCGUUGCCGAGAGCUGCCAGGUGAGUGUGGGCUGGUGGGGUGUCCAGGUGCUCAGACACACCGACAGGGAUCCUCAUCCCACGCCCCAACUCCUUUGUCCCUCUUUGACUUUGGAGUCGCCGAGAGCCCCGUACUCCAUCACCCUCUGCCCUCGUCAGCCCCUUUUGCUGCCUCACGGGCCCUCUCUUCCUCAGGCUCAUAUGACACUGCUGCCUCUGAUGGUUUGACCCCAAGUAGCAUCGUGAUCAAACCGCCUCCCACGCUCGCCCCCUGGCCACCAGCCACUUCCUACCCGCCUGUGCCCUACCUGCUCCAGAGCCAGCCAGACCUGCUCCCCAUCCCGAGAUCCCCACAGCCCCCCGGAGGCUCCCACCGCAUGCCGUCUUCCCAGCAGGACUCAGAUGGCGCCAGCAGCGUGGCCAGCUACGAGAACGAGGAGGCAGUCUGUGAGGAUGCGGACGAAGAUGAGGAUGAGGAAGACUAUAACAACGAGGGCUACUUGGUCGUGCUUCCUGACAGCGUCCCGGCCGCUGGCGCCGCCGUCCCCCCAGCUCCCGUGUCCAGCAACCCUGGCCUCCGAGAUAGCGCCUUCUCCAUGGAGUCGGGGGACGAUUACGUGAAUGUUCCCGAGAGUGAGGACAGCGCGGAGGUGUCUCUGGAUGGGAGCCGGGAGUAUGUGAACGUGUCCCAGGAGCUGCCGCCCGGGGCGAGGAGCAAGGCUGCCGGCCAGAGUUCCCAGGAGGUGGAGGGUGAGGAAGCUCCAGAUUACGAGAACCUCUAGAUCCACUGAAGGCCCGGUGAGAGGCCCGCCCGGCCUGGCCCUGCCCUGCCCUGCCCUGGACCUGCGGGCCCUGGGCCCUCCCCGCCCUCUCCUCUCUGAGUCUGGGGCCUCUGUGACCGCCACCGACCUCCUGACCUUGUACCCCUCCCUCUGUCCCUGUCCCGCUGUGUUUCAGUGAGAGGCCUUGCCGGGUCUGGAGCCAGCCUUGCCUGGGAGUGCUGAGCUAAGCAGCCGGCAGUGGCUCUGUGGGCCCCCACUUGGCACCCCGCCCCGUCUCCAGCCUGACAACAGCCUGAGGACUUUCCCCCUAACUUAUUGUCACUUCGGGGUCCCGUCUGUGUGGCCCCAGUACUCUGCACCUUCUGACGCAGCCUGAGAACGAGUCACCCUGACCCCAGCCCUGCUCCGUAACAGAAUAAAGGCUGCUGUGGUCUGUAGUGCUCUUAGCUUUGGGGGGCCCAGUGGGUCGGAGUCAGGGUGAGGGUGGGCUGUGUCCGAGGUCCUGAGUGUGUGUGUGUGUGUGUGUGUGCGUGUGCACGUGUGUGUGUUUAUGGGUCUCCAUCCUCGCAGACCCUCUGCGCUCUCGAGGGUCCUGACCAGGUGUGUAUGAGUGACUGAACAAAGCCUGGGACACGUCACCUUCUGAGUGAGGCAGUUCUGAGCCCGGCUGGCACUCCUGGGGCUCAGGUGCGUGUCCUCGUGAGAUAGUCCUUGGAAGUGGCAGACGACGGCCGAGGUGAUGGGAGAACAGGGCUUGGGGAAGCUCUGGGUGGGCGUCUAGAGCAAGACCCUUCCCCACCGGCCCCUGGUUUCUCCAUCUUUAAAACAAAGGGGUGGACUUGAUGACCUCAAAGGGCUUUCUUUUUUAAAAAAUUAAUUAAUUAAUGUUUGGCCGCAUUGAGUCUUUGUUGCUGCUCACGGGCUUUCUCUAGUUGAGGCGAGCGGGGGC